AUGUCAGGAACAGGAGAGGAUAUUUCCCAGGUACACUGGAAGCAGCAGUGGUUGGAAAAUGGGACGCUGUACUUUCACGUCUCCAUAACCGAGUCUGAGCUUCAGCCACAGGCAACUCAACCCACAUCCCGGGAACCGGCUCAUGUGCUGCACGAACACAUGCACCUGCUCCACAUCUCCGUUAUGGGUGGCCUCAUCGCCCUUCUCCUGCUGAUACUGCUCUUCACCCUGGUCCUCUACACCCGCCACCGGUGGUGCAAGCGCCGCCGGGUCCCCCAGAAGAGCGCCAGCACCGAGGCCACCCACGAGAUCCACUACAUCCCCUCGGUGCUGCUGGGCCCCCAGGGCCGGGACAGCUACCGCGGGUCCCGGGGCCCCCACCAGCACGGCAGCUCCGUCAUCGGGAUGCCCAUCCGCGAGACCCCCAUCCUGGACGACUACGACUCCGACGAGGAGGACGGGGGCGGACACUCGCACAACUCCACGCCCAGCCAGAUCCACAACAAGAUCAGCGACGGGAAGGUUCUGGACGAUUACGGAGUCAACAUCGUUAUCGGAGGACACACGGACGUGCUGUGCAAGGAGGACGAAAUCAAGCAUAACUUUGACAAACGAGGUCUGCAGCACCAAAGAGCUACAAUGUACCUGGCUGCAGCCGUGCCCCCUCAGUGGUGCCUCGGAUCUGCCAGCCCCAGCCCCACUCUCCCCCAUCUCUCAUGA